UCCACCAAAUUCCACACAGACCCCAACACUAAAACCAAACCCCCACAAAAAAAAAAUAGACACUCACUAAGAACGAUGCUUCCAUUCGCCAACUACGACAUUUCCUCACCAAACAUGAGGGACCAAAACAACAAGAGGAGGAGGAAGAAGAGGUCUCCGGCUCCAGCGCCGGAGACGGUGGCCGGAGGCGGCGGAUACGAUGAUUUGGCGGUGGUGAAGGCGGCGGCGUGGGCGUGGUACCAAAGGAAGGAAGGGAAACCGAUCAUGAGAGAGUUCGAUCUGUCUAAACUCACAUCUAGAAUCACUCCCCGGCCUUCGAGGUACAAACUCGAAGCCACCAAGAACAUGAUCCUGUCCGAAAAUAGGGUUUUAGCCGAAAACAGGGUUUCCAAAUCAUCGCUUUGGUACGAUGAUCAUGAUCACAACCAAACCCUAUUUUCUCGCCUUCUUGAUGAUCUCCUCCCCGAAACUUACCCCGUCAGUCCAACUUCAAGUAUUUUUCUGCAUGAACAUGACCAUGAUCAUGAUCAUGAUCAUGGCUAUGGUAAUGAUGAUCAUGGUUUUGUUGAGAGGAAGAAGACUCCAUAUGAUCAUAACAGGAGCGAUAUUGGUAAUUUUAGAGGCUUUGUGAAAGAAGUGAACAAGAGGAAGUUGUGGGCCAGGUUGAUUUUGAAGGGUCCGACCACCGUUUGUGGCCGGAAUGAUGACGUGGACUUACGGUCUUCCCGGAAAUCGGGAAAGGUGGCGGCGGCAGCGGUGGCUCUCAUUCGAUCGGCUACUCGUGGCAAGUGAGAUAUAUUCUCCACGUAUCCAAAUUACAUUUUAUUGGUUGUAAAGAAGUUUGAUGAUUUUUUUUCUUUAAGAUAAGAGGGUUUAUUUAUUUUGUUUUAACUUUUUUCACUUGUGAUGUAUUUUAGUUGAAAUUUCGGAUGAACUUUAUUGUACAUUUUCAGGAACAAAGAGUGGAAAUAAGAAAUCGUAUUAUUUUUA